AUGAAUAGCACGUUUAAGAAAAAACCAAUUAAAAAUGUGUCAACUCCAAAGCAGAGUAAACAAACGAUUGGUGCCAAAAGGAGCCACAAGGUCCAGAAGUCCAGAGCCAGCAGACUUGAGAAAAACAGCAAAAGAAAGUUUGAAGCCUCCAGGGCUACUGAUGCUGUCUAUGCGGAGGGUCCGGAUAAAAGCCCCACAAUACAAAUUGAUUCAAGAAAUACAAAAACAACAACAGCUGCGGCAACGGGCGGACAAACUAUAGUCCCUCAAGAUGGAGAGAACGAAAAACCAAAACAAUCUAUAUACACGAAUGUUCCCCAAGAUGUUCGAGUAGAGAGUAAACAAACGAUUGGUGCCAAAAGCAGCCACAAGGUCCAGAAGUCCAGAACCAGCAAACUAGAGAAAAACAGCAAAAGAAAGUUUGAAGCCUCCAGGGCUACAGAUGCUGUCUAUGAGGAGGGUCCGGAUGGUGAGAGCCCCACAAUCCAAAUUGAUUCAACAAAUACAAAAGCAACAACCGUGGCAGCAAUGGGCGAACAAACUAUAGUCCCUCAAGAUGGAGAGAACGAAAAACCAAAACAAUCUAUAUACACAAAUGUUCCCCAAGAUGUUCGAGUAGAGAGUAAACAAACGAUUGGUGCCAAAAGCAGCCACAAGGUCCAGAAGUCCAGAACCAGCAAACUAGAGAAAAACAGCAAAAGAAAGUUUGAAGCCUCCAGGGCUACAGAUGCUGUCUAUGAGGAGGGUCCGGAUGGUGAGAGCCCCACAAUCCAAAUUGAUUCAACAAAUACAAAAGCAACAACCGUGGCAGCAAUGGGCGAACAAACUAUAGUCCCUCAAGAUGGAGAGAACGAAAAACAAAAGCAAUUUAUGUACACGAAUGUUCCGCAAGAUGUUCCAAUAGAGGUCGAUGUUAGUUGA